AUGAAACGACACUUUGAUUCGGAAUCUCUUUCGCCAUCUGAUGCAAGUGAUGAGAAGAGAAGCAAGAUUGAAGGAGGAGGCUCAUCAUUUGGCUUGAAAAUAAAUCAUUUAGCAAAUUUAGAUUAUGAUAGUCUCGGUUAUAUCAUGAAUUAUAUGACCAUUGAAGAAUUGUUGAAUUGUAGACUUGUUAAUACAACUUGGAAUGAAAUUGUAGGAUCACGGAGGGUUCCCUCUUUUUAUGCUGUCAAAAAUUUGAUGGAUUAUUGUGUGGAAUGUUUAAGCACUGAGAGAAAUGAUGAGUUGUACGUGAGUUUAAAGAAGUGGAUUGAUGGAAAGCUGUAUUCAUUGACUCUGGCUUCUAAAGAGCCUGGCUUUUUUAGUGAUACACCAAAUCCUUUAGUGGUUGACAAGUAUCCAACAAUGACUGUGAUCUCUUCAUCUGUUGGUUGGGUCGAUGAUGGCUCCCAUAUUGAAUUAAUGAUUCAUAUUAAGGAAGGUAUCAAAAUUAGAAUACACAUACAUUUAUCGAAUACAGAGGAUGAGCUUGUCUAUAUAACUGUUGAACAAAAUGAAGAUCCAACAUUUGAUUGGAAUUUGCUGAAUAUUGACCCAAGUGUAAACAACAUUCUUGUUCAUCAACUUGAUGGAGAGGAAUCUGGACUUUAUCAAGAGGUAGAGUAUUGGCAAAAUCCAACGUUCUUUAAUUAUGUUGGUUCUUUACUUUUAGAGGAACGAUUCAGAGGGGAUUCGUUCUGCUUUAAGUUAUUACGCAUUUUCCUUGAUUUUCCAAAGCAUGAACUUACCUCUGAACCAAAAUUGACUUUAAGAGAUCAGGUCUGCAAUCAUGCGCUUAAAUUCAAAUAUUCGGAUGAUUUGAGGGAAAGACUAAUUCAAAAACCUCUUGAAAAUGUUAAAAAAUUGAACGAACCUGUAUCAAUAAUGGAAAGAGUAGUUUCCAAUAUGUAUUCCAAUUGUUUGAAUAAUUUUAACCAAGAUGAGGGUUCACUAUUUGAUAUUACAAAUGUCAAAGGAGCUGCCUAUUCAAACGCAUUCAGGAAAGACAUGCACUUUAUCCAGACAACAUUCGACAUGCGUUUAAAUAAUGAUAUUUACAAAUGUGAAUUAGAAGUUAAGGAAGUGUUCUACUAUGGAUGUGAUGGAUACGAAGGUGAACAUUCAUUUUCCAUCAUUGAUCCUAAAACAAAGAAAUAUUAUGGGUUAAGUGGAAUAGCCUAUGGAACAUACGAUACAGUGGUUUGGGGAAAGGGAGAUAAGAGUUUAAACGAAUUGAAAAUUGACAGCCAAUUCGAUUCAGUCAUCUCUUUUAUAGAAUUUGUAAUUGAUUCACUUCUUGAAAAACUUCCAAUUAUUGAUGCAUUUCACUGCACUGCAACAGACAGUGGUUCUUUAAGGUACUACUUGGUUGGAAUAGAAGAAUAA